UUGCAUCAAAAUUUGAUUAAACAAGCAGAAUGGAGAAUUACCGCUCGCUGCCAGAUGCUUUGGUAACAAAGAUUCUAGUGAGGCUACCUGUGGAAUCUCUUGCACGAUUCAAAUGUGUGCGUAAGAAUUGGUACUGGCUUAUUACAACUUCUUCUUUUGUUAGAGAACACCUCAAUCACUUGGAAAAAAACCCAACCCGUCUUUUAUUACACUUUCGCGACAUUCCUUCACAAUCAAGCACCUCUCUUCUGCUGCCCGAGAAAAUAUUGCCCGGUGUGAUUUCCCUGCAUGAAAAGCCUAGUUAUUUACAGAUACCUGCUCAAUUGACUGAGAUCAUUGGUCCUGUCGAUGGUAUAUAUUUCUUGUACAAAAAGUUGAGUUCUGAUAAUCGUAUGGCUCUGUGGAACCCAACUCUAAGAGAGUUUAGGCCACUUCCACCAUAUAACAUCAAAAUCAGCAUGCCUCGUGGUCACUUUAGAUAUAUAUUUGGCUUUGGGUUUGAUCCAUUAAGUCAAGUUUACAAAGUGGUUUACGUUAUGAUUUUUUGUAAUCUAGAAGAAUGGAACAAUGAUCGUGUGUUUGCUGCCGUUUACUCUUUAGGCAAAGACUGUUGGAGAAAUUUAGCAUGCCGCUUUGACAAUAGAGUUCCUUCAUGCAUGGAAAACUCCUUGUGCUCAACCUGUGUUAAUGGAGUUUAUUACUGGAGUACAUUAAGUAGUGGUGCAAUUGCUUUUCAACCACUCCUUCUAAUUCGAUAUUUCAACAUGCAAAAUGAAGUGUUUGGUGAGAUUCCAGGGCCUAAAAUAUCAUGUGUCAUUGAUGGUUUAAUUACUCUCUAUAAAGAGUCCAUUGCCCUGCUAGUGCGCAAUGAUACCGAUGACUUUAUUUUUGCAUAUCAAAUUGAUGUAUGGCUAAUGAGCAACGAAAGGUCGUGGACUAAAGUUCUGAAUGUGGUACCUACAAUACCUAACUCUUGCCCUAUUGGUUUAUGGGGUCAUGAUAAGAUUAUUUUAUAUUCAGAAGACGAAGCUCUUGUGAUCUCUGACUCCAAAACCCAUGAAAUUACACGUCUACUUGAUUCUAAAAUAUAUGGUCGCAGAUGGGCUUUAAGUUAUAAGGAGAGUCUAGUUUCCAUCAAAAGCAAAAAUAUACGCCACAAGCAAAGCAGUAUCUUUGAUCUCAUUCAAGAAUUUUUUAAAGAUGAAUGACGUUAUUUGUAGUGAUUUCCAUAUUGUUCUUUGCUAGGGGCAACGAUGGAAGACUAUUGCUAUUAGAAUUGCAAAUUAAAGUAUGUUAUUUAGAGGUGCACUAAAUUUAGUAGGACUUUGUAUUCACUUGGUCCUUGAUCAAGUAUGAGAUGACGU